AUGUCUGAAGUGGACUUGGAGAGAGAACUGCAGCUGCGACAGCAGCGCAUGCAGCAGCGGCGCGCCGCACAAGAUCGGCUGCAGCAGCAGCAGCAUCAGUUACAGCAACAGCAGCAGCAGCUGCAGCAGCAACAGCACGAACUGCAGCAGCAGCAGCAGCAGCUUCUUAUUGAAGAAGCAGAUCUUGUACGUAAUAGCCCACAGGAUAUUUCUCUGUAUGGAGAAGGCAGAUUGGAUGACCAUCAGCACCUGCUGCUGCAGCAGCUGCAGCAGCAGCAGCAGCACACGUUGCAGCAGCAGCAGCAGCAGCAGCAGCGGCAUGACAAGCUGCUGCGAUCCAGCUGCAGCGACACCGAUGCAAACAUAUCAGCAGCAGCUGUAGCAGCAGCGCAUGCAGCUGCUGCUGUUGCAGCACGAUUUUCCCAUACGGAGAGGCUCUGCUGCCGCAGCAACAGCAGCAGCAGCAACAGCAGCAGCGGCAGCGCGAGCUACCGGCAGACCCAUUCAAGCGGCAACUCACCCGUUGCAGCAGCAGCAGCAGCAGCAGCAGCAGCUGCUGCUGCUGCUGUACAGGCAGUAGAGGUGCCACGGCGCGCUCAUUGCACAAGCAGCAACAGCAGCACAGCACCCCGUCAUCAUUUCACCCCGCAGCAGCAGCAGCAUGAGCAGCAGCAGCAACAGCAGCAGCAACAGCAGCAGCAGCAGCUGCCGCCACAGCAACGGCAGCUUGUCUCCUGCUGCUGGCGAGACAUUCCCUUUGAGCAUCCACCAAAGUUUGUUUCCCCCCCUAUGCCUAGCUCUACCGCUGCUGCUGCUGCUGCUGCUGCUGCUGCUGCUGCAGAUGACCGGGCAGCAGCAGCAGGCGGUGCUUCGCAAGGCAGCACCGCAGCAGCAGCAGCAGCAGCAGAUAGCAUGAGGCAGCACUUUAGGCUGCCGCCCCUCCCUCGUGAGUUCACCUACGCAGCAGCAGCCCCCAACAUAGAAGCAGCAGCAGCACCAGCAGCAGCCGCAGCAGCAGCAGCAGCAGGGAGGCACUUUUCUAUAGAGAACGAUUCUUCUGUUGUAUCAUCAUCAGUAGCAACACCAAUUGCCGCUAGACAAGCAGCAGCAGCAGCGGCAGCAACAGCAGCAGAAGCAGCAGCAGAAGCAGCAGCAGAUGCGUACGUUGUUGCAGCAGAGGCAGCUGCUCUUUCAGCAUCGGAAGCUGCUGAUGCUGAUGCUGCUGCUGCUGCUUUGCAUGCUCAGCAGCAGCAGCAGCAGCAGCAGCAGGUGCUGCAGCAUAUGGAGCGCUGCCACCCAUCCACCUUUCACCUGCAGCAGCAGCAGCAGCAGCAACAGCAAAUGAUGCAGCAAAGUGCGGGAGGGAGCGGGGAUGCAGCAGCAGCAGCAGCAACAGCACCAGUAUCUAUAAGCAGGAAGGACGAAGGCAGCAGCUGCUGCUUCGACAGCCAUUCCGAUUCAACCUCUGCAGCAGCAGCUGCAGCAGCUGCUGCUGCUGCAGCUGCAUCGUGUGCUGUAGUUGCACAGCCAAUAAGGGCUCAGCUGCAGCAGCAAGACACCACUACCAGCAGCAGCAGCUGCAGCAGCAGCAGGAUGCAUACAGGUUUGAAUAUCUCUUCUACUUCCUCUUUUGUCUCUGCAGCAGGAGACACCACCCUCGGCUCCUCUGCAUGCAGCAGCAGCAGGACUGCUGCUGCACUAUGGGCUAUGCACAGCAGCAGCAGCAGCAGCAGCAGCAGCAGCAGCAGCAGCAGCAAAGCGUUCGACUACGGUGCCCUCCGCAGCAGCAUCCGCAGCAUUCGCGACAGCUUUACAGUCCUCCCCGCAGCAGCAGCAGCAGCAGCAGCAACACAUAGAUCCGCAUCAGCUGCUGCACCAGGGACAGCGACAACAACCACCAGCAGCAACAACAACAACAGCAGCAGCAGCAGCAGCAGCAGCAUUUGCAAGCAGCAAAUGAAGCCGCAGACCGACUCUGUUGCUUCUACUACCUGCGGUUGGAGCAGCAGCAGAAGUCUGUCUACUCAGGGGACUGCUGCUGGGCCUGCUACACUUGCAGCAGCAGCAGCAGCGGCUGCUGCUGCUGCUGGCAGCAGCAGAAGCAGCAGCAGCAGCAGCUGCAGCAGCAGGGGAUUCACGCCCAUACCUUCUGCCUCGCCUUCAGGCGGCUGCAUGCAGCCUUUUCGUCAGCCCUUCCUGCCGCGGCUGGGGCAGCAGCAGGAAACGGCAGCAGCAGCAGCAGCAGCAGCACCUGCUGCUGCUGCGCCAGCAGCUCCUGAGGUGCAGCAACCUGCAAGUAGUCGUGUGGAAGAUGCUAGCCGUUUCGAGCAGCAGCAGCUGGUGCAGCAGCUGCAGCAAAGAGUGCAGCAGCAGCAGCUGCAGCUACAACAGCAGCAACAGCUACUGCAACAGCAGCAGCAGCAACUGCAGCAGCAGCAGCACGAGCUGGAUAGACACCGGCAGCAAGAAGUUGCGUUGCAUUCCCUGCAAGAGGAGCUCAGGCAGCACAAGAUGCUGCUGCGGCAGCAAGAGUUGCUGCUGCAGCAGGAGCAGCAGCAGCAUGAAGAAGCCAUUGCUGCGAAUGCUGCAGAGGCCCAGGCCUUAAGAGACGAGCUGCUGUCGCUGCAGCAGCGGGAGAACGAGACGCUGCAGCUGCGGCGAGAGCGGCAGCUGCUGCAGGAAGGGCAGCAGCAGCAGCAGCUGUUGCUGCUGCAGGAGCGCCGUCGUAUAGAGGCCCUUGAAGGGCAAUUAAAGGAGAAGGAGCAUCGAUUGCAGCAACAGCAGCAGCAAAUGCAGCAGCAGCAGCAGGAGCUGCGGCAGCAGCAAGAGAUGUUCGAUGCUUAUCUACUAGAACAAACUGCUGCUGCUGCUGCUGCUGCUCGCCGCAUCUGCGUAAGGGACUCCCAGGGUCUAUGGUCUUCCCGCUGCGGCUGCGACAGUUGUGCAUGCGUUAUGCAGGAGCAGCAAGCUGCAGCAGCAGAAGCAGCAGCAGCAGCAGCAGAAAGUGCUGCUGCUGCUGCUGCUCCGGAGGCCCCUGACUCGCUGCAGCUGUCCCUCUGUGCUGAUGCACACAGCAGCAACAGCGGCAGCAACUGCUGCCUGCACACCAGUCCUACGUCACGGCAGCAGCAGCAGCAAGUGCACCAGCAGCAAAUGCAGCAGCAGCAGCAUAAGCAGCAUGUUGGUGCUUUUCAGGAUCCUCAGCUGCUGCUGCAGCAGACCCGCCACGAGUUGCUGCGGCGGUCGAGCCCCACAUCCAGAGACCCGCAGGACCAGCAGCAGCAGCAGCAGCAACAGGAGCAGCACGGUGAGCAGCAAGGGACGGGCCUCGAAGGGAUUUGCCGUAGGCUGCAGGAGUACCGCCAGCAGCAGCAGCAGCAGCAACAACAAGAAAAGGGGCUCCGUCAGUCCCCUAUUGCUGCUGCUGCUGCAGGACUCUUCCGGACUGCAGCACCAACAGAUGCACCAAAGCCUGCUGCUUUUGCUGCACCAGGAAGAGCAGCAGCAGAAGCAGCAGCAGCAGCUCCUGAUGUUGGCAUGUUGAGCGCCGCUGCUGGGUUGCAGCAGCUAUCCAUUAGGCAGCAAAAACAGCAGCAGCAGCAGCAGCAGCUAUCCAUUAGGCAGCGAAAACAGCAGCAGCAGCACCAGCUGGAGACACAUCACGUACACAUAGGCAGCAGCAGACGGACGCUUCUGGGCAGUGCAGCAACAGCAGCAGCAGCAACUGCAGCAGCAGCAGCAGCAGCAGCAGCUGGUGCUGCUGAGACUCGGCCCUCUUUGCUAUUGUUCGUUUCCUCAGACAGCAGCGAAGACGAACAGCAGCAGCAGCAGCAACAGCAGCAGCAGCGCUGGUCCCCACCUCUAGCACGUCGUGUUGCAGCAGAUAGUGCUGCUGCUGCCGCUGCUGCUGCUGCUGCAGUGUCAGCAGCAAAGUCCCUCCAAGGGAGACCGCGUUGUUUGCUGCUGUCUUCUGACGAAGAGGAAGACAUGACAACAGCCACGUCGGUGCUGCCAAAGCAGCAGCAGCAGCAGCAGCAGCAGCGGGAGCAGCAAGCGAGCCGUUCAAGCAAAGGGGAGAGGCGGGGGUAUUCUGCUGCCACUCGGAGUGAUAGCAGCAGCAGCAGCAGUAGCAGCGAGGCAUCUGCUGCUGCUGAUGAUGCUGCUGCUGCUGCUGCUGCACCUCUUGCUGCAGCAGAGAGACACUACUACUUAACUCUCGGCAGACUACGACAAGAGUAUCGACUAUCGCGGCAGUCGUUGCGCUAG